AGUCAGAGCGGCGAAGGAUCGUAGACCACAUUAUGACAACAAUAGCACUUUCUGGAGGUACUUUGUCGAAUGGCACCAUGCACCGGAGAAAGUCGAGCAAAGACGAGAACGAGGAUAACGUGCUCGUAUUUCCCCCUUCGCCUGCCCCGCAAUCUCCCCCCGCGACCGCCCCGUUGACUCAAGGCUCCAAGACUAACAGCUUUCCGGCAAGCGAGACCGGCACCUUAGAGCCUCCACCAUCGCGCGCACGCGUGACAUCAACACCGUCUGCUAUCUCCGUAUCACAGUCCUUCCCUGGAGCUCCAACAUCUGCUGGUCCAUAUCGCACCUCUUUCAACGUGCCGCCUCGACCCCCACCUCUCAAUGGCUCUGCGUAUGGCCAUACUAAUGGUCGGCCCCAACCUCCAGGCAUGCGCCAGUCGUUCUCUCUCCCUUCGGCUCACUCCCAAGCCCAUUCGCGCACCCGUUCAAUAUCUGGCCCGUUCUCUCCAAUCACUCCUUCCCCGCUGUCUUCAUCCUUCCCUCCCCAACAACUAGUCAUGCCUCCCAAUAAAUUUUCAUCUUCGUCUACAGCGCCUGAGCUACGCCCUCCCGUCUCCCCCAUCGAGAACGGCGCGAAGCCCAAGGCCGCCCCACCGCGGAGACACUCGCGCAUCCACUCGCGCAACCUCUCCGUCUACUUCCCGCGCCCCGGCUCGCUCCCUGCGACAAGCAUUGCCGAAGACGGCGCACAAGAGCUCGACUUCAGUACUCCGCCCCCAGAUGAAAGCAUCUUAAUGCCGAGCGCGUCUCCACGCCCGGGCCAGCGCGACUUCCGCGAAGGCUUCACCUUCGGGGCCCGUCCGCCAGCCCCCGCGGGCCAGUCCUCGCACCCCAUAUCUUCCGAGCCCACGCCUCCACAGCCGUCUUCCGCUGGGGGCCCGUCGCGGCGCGGCCAUCACCACCGACACUCAAUGUCGCAUAGCUUCUUCUCGUUCCUCGAGCCCGGGGCGCAGAGCAUGCCCGACGAGCUGCACACGCAGCCGACACCCGUGCCCGUCAGCCCGUGGGCACCGAUCUCGCCCUUCCCGAGCCAGAUGUCCGUGCACGCGCUCGACGAUGCAGCCGCCUCCGUCGCUGUGACUGGAGCCGCGAACGGGCUUGGGUUCGGGAACGGGGUGGCGGUGGGGGGAGGGCGCGCGAAGAGCAAAGGCGCGGCGAUAGGCAGGAUCCGCGCGUCGGCGCAGGUCUCGCCUGUGGCCAUCGGCGUGAGCGUGUGGCAGUUUGUGCUGGGGGCGUGGCUGUGGAUCACCGGGCAGCAGGUCGGGUCGCUGGCGUGUACGGGCCUGGGGUAUUGGGUGGUUUUUGAUGCGUUUGGGGUCGCGCUCGGGCAUGUGCUGCCGAACUACCUCACGCGUCCGAGUAUGCAGACUGAGACGAGGAGACCGUACGGGAACGCGCGGGUCGAGACGGUCAUGGCUUUUGCUCAGUCGGUGUACCUGAUCUUCACGUCCGUGUACGUAUGCAAGGAGACGGUCGAGCACCUGCUGCUCUCGUCUGGGGAGGGUCAUCACCACCAUCAAGGCGACGAGGUGGCCUCUGUGCUUGGGAUCGAGUUCCCUAUCCGCCUAUUAUUUAUUACGCUCAUUUCCCUCCUCUCCACUGCUAUCUUUUUCAACAACCAUGCCAAGCUCGUCAGCACUGCGGGCAACCGCAUCCCCUCUUUAGCAUCGCUGCUCCCGAGCCGUUCUCGUUAUUCUGCAUCAGCAUUCACAUACCCGCCCGCUCUCAACAACCUAUUCACAAAUCCAUACGCGCUCGCACCCAUAGGUUUCGCGAGCGCAGUUCUCUUCACUGCAUUAUCGCUUCCUGCAUCUCAACACCGACCCUUUGACCUCAUCCUCGCCGGGCUCGAAACAAUCGUCACCUUCAACAUUGCCUACCACGCUGCCGUCCAGCUCGGCGCAGUCCUCCUGCAAACCUCUCCGGCACGGGGCCUCGCAGGCGGGCGGAUGGAAGCCUUCCUGCGCGCGAUGCGCGAGAUCGAGCGCCACCCGCAAGUCCUCCACCUCCCCGCCCCGCACAUCUGGCAGCUCACGCCGAGCCUCGCCGUCUCGGACGCGGACGUCGUCUCCUCCCCAUACGCGUCUGCCGCGGCUGUCGCGCUGGAGAAGGCGCAGGGCCCCGCGCAGAGCCUGGUCGUGACGCUGGAGCUGCAUGUGAGGCAUGACCUGGAGGACGCGGAGGUGCUGAAGCUGACGAGGUGGGCGUGGGAGCGGUGCGUGCACGCGCUGCACUUCGGGACGCGGGGUGGGGAGGGAGGCGAGGGCGAAGCGGAGGUGACGGCCGAGGAAGAUGAGAGACCUGCGCGCCUCCCGAUAUGGCUCUACGCUCUUGACAGGACGAAUAGGAUAGUCACUUCGUUGACUGCUGUUGUAGUCUUGUAUACGCGCUCAGCGGGCGUUGCGUACUUCGCAGCGAGCGCGGUGCUCUGCUCGGUGACCGUGAAGAUUAUCAAGAGGAUGGUGCGCCAGCCCCGCCCAUACCUGAUAGUCAGGGGAAAGAAGAAGAAGUCGUAUGGGAUGCCGAGCACACACUCUGCGACGAUCACGUACUUCGCGACGUACAUCACCCUAGCAUGCGCGUACUUGCCUAUACAUCCCGCCUUCCCCUCGUCGCCCUUGAUGCGCAUCUUCCCGCCGCUGAUUGUCAUUCCCCUUGCAAGCACCAUCGCGUGGUCGCGGAUAUCGCUAGGACAUCACACAGUUUUCCAGGUCGCUGCAGGGGUUACGUGUGGCUUGGUAUACGCACCGCUCAUGUUCAGACUAUGGACGCACAAGUUGAACCAGUAUGGACCUUGGGCGGAGGCCUUGGUUCACACGUACAUCCCCGUCUAG